CUGUGUGCAAGAGAAAAAAAAAUGGGAAGACUUCGAAUUGCUUUACAGUCUCACAAACCCGUCCAAGAGUUGAUUUAACCAUCAAUUUGUAUUUCUCAAUCUGGAGGAUCUAGGACUUCAACAUGGAUUCUGACUGAAGAGAAGUUUCAGAUUGAACUUGCGCAGAAACUUCUCCCUUGCUGGUUUGGACUUCUGUAUAUCCUGUUUAAUCAUCCGACCGACUUGACCAGGGUGUCAGUGCUACACAGCCUUAACGUUGCUCGGACAGCAGCUAGCUCUGGGAAACAGAUGUCCACUGCCUUUUGAUGUGCUUCAGAAGUUGAGUAUCUUCCCAUCUCGCCCUACAGCUCUCCAAGGUCUCUGCAUUCUUUCUGGUUUCGUGCAUAUCUUUGAAUUUAAUGCUUCACCAGUGUAGCUAUGCUUUCAAAUGUCUAGUCCCGAGGCUUUUAUAUUCCUUCAUUAACCCUCUCUGCCCCUUGCUCCUUCUUUUAAGAUGUUUCUUUUUUUAUUUGCAAACCUGCCUAAUUGAUCAAGAUUUGAAUUAUCCAUUGUAAUAGUUUUUUUAACAAAACAGAAAACACUCCGAAGGUCAAUUAUAAUUGUGCAUCUGUGGAAAGCAAAGUAGUCAAUUUUCAAGAUGAAAAAAACGCUCAUUGUUUUAAUAUGUUAACUCUGUUUCUCUUUCCAUAUAUACUGUCUGACUAACAGUUCCGGUUUUUGUUUCAAACACCCAACACUGCAGUUUGUUGAAUUACAAUGUGAUUCAGAAUCAAUUUUUUUCUGGGGCUGUACUUUGGGAUGUUUUGCAGUAUUUGAAGGUUCUGUACAAUUGUGCUUAGCACAGGAAGUCAGCAGCUUGUAGAAUCUAAAAUGCUGGAGGAACAAUGCCAGUGAUGGAAGCAAGGCAGGACAUUAUUGUUAACACAAGAGAUUCUGCAGAUGCUGGAAAUCCAGAGCAACACACACACAAAAUGCUGGAGGAACUCAGCAAGUCAGGCAGCUUCGAUGGAAAAGCGUAAACAGUCGACGUUUCGGGCUGAGACCCGUCAUCAGGACUGGAAAAGGAGUAAGGUGCCAGAAUAAAAAGGUGAGGGGAGGAGAAGGAGGUACCUAGAUCUCUGCUGCCCUCCAACUCUUCGACCAUGUUCUCACCCAGACUUGCUACUGCAGUCAUGAUUACCUUUCCCACCCACCUGGCUUCACCUGUCACCUUCCAGCUAUCCCCUUCCCCUGCCUCAACCUUUUUAUUCUGGGGCCUUCCCCCCUCCUUUCCAGUCCUGAAGAAGUGUGUCAGCCGGAAACCUUAUUUAUUGUUUAUUCAUUUCCAUAGAUGCUGACUGACCUGCUGAGUUCCUCCAGCAUUGUGUGUGAGAUCCUCUGGACACAUUUAUCACACGGUGUCCAUCAUAAACUGACUCUGCAGUUCACAGUACAUCAUUUACUGAAGAAUUUUAGUAACAGCUUUGACAAGCAAAUCGCAGCAAAGCAAUGUCUAAAGCCUCUGCCUAUGCAGUCUUGGCAGCAUCUCAUAAACCCACUCUAUGACAGGGUAAGGACAACUAGGGCAUAGGAAUGCCCUCACCUUGAGAUUCACUUCUGGGCCACCCAUCGUUCCGACUAGGACACACAGUGCAAUUUCACCACCAUUGCCAUCAAAAUCCUGGAAGAUCAGCUUCUUCACAGGCAGUGCUUAGCCACCGUCUUGAAUUGCUGCUCCCUGCAGAGAAAGUGAUUCGUCAGAGACCUUCCAGGAUUUUGACAGCAGCAGUAAUGAAAUUCCACCGUAGGUCCUAGUCAGAAUGACCAUAAGGGAUUAGCGCUCAAUGUCACCUCGUAUGCUGGGAGUUAAUUUUUUUUAAAUAUAUUUUGUGCCUCUACUUCUCAAAUAAUUAAUCGAAUUACAGUACUGUGCAAAAAUCUUAGGUACAUAUAUACAGCCAGGGUGCCUAAGACUUUUGUACAGUGCUAUGGUAAUUUUAUAUAUUGCACUCUACAGCUACCUUGGUGACCCACUUCCUAGCGCACUCGAACCGGCUCACAAAUAGCCAGCGCGCCGGCUCAAAGGCCAGUCCCAAAAGGGCGCCAGGUCUGCUUCACCAACAAAGGGAAAAGCCUGCGGGGGAUUGUGAGCUAUGGAUUCUGAAGAAAUACAGAUGAGAAGACAGACAUCACAGUCAGACAACAGCUCCCAGGCUUCUUCCCAGUGCAGGAGACGUCCCAAUACUUGCUGUUUCUGCUGGUGCUGCUGCUGCUCCUGUUUAACAGUCAGGAACAAGGAUAUAGAUGACCACAGUCAAAAAUUUUCUAUCAUUUCCAAACAGGAUAGUCUUCAGAAACAAGAAGAAAGACUGAGUGUGAAUCUGGAUGAAGUCAUAUCUUGGUCCAAGUCCUUUGAACACCUCCUAAAGGAUCCAAAUGGGAGGAAAUUCUUAUCAAAGUUCUUACAAAGUGAGCACAGCGAUGAAAACAUUCUUUUCUGGCUUGCCUGUGAAGAAUUCAAGCAGGAAGAUCAGAAAACCUCAAUCAUGGAAAAGGCAACAUCAAUAUAUUUUGAUUAUAUUUCAGUUCUGUCUCCAAAGGAGAUCAGCAUUGAUGCCAGCGUGCGAGAAGCAAUCAACAAAAACAUGGCAACACCAACAACAAACAUCUUUGACGAGGCACAGAUGCACGUGUAUGCACUGAUGCACAGGGACUCUUACCCCAGGUUCCUGAAUUCACCACUGUACAAGUCACUUCUGAAAGAGCUAUCUCCCUCAGACAAUGGAAUGGACUCCGAUCUGUAAUAAUCACUUUAAUAAUGUGUCCAACACCAAGCAACUGAGCUAAUUUCUGACCUGACCAAGGACUCUGGGGAAAUCAAACCCUCAGGUCUCCUGCUGGGAUCUGUCUCACUACUCCAGAUGCAGAAACAGACCAGCACAUUCAUACCAAACUGCCAGCCAUUCAUCAUCAUCAUGUGCCGUGUCGUAUAAUGCAGGUGAUCAUGGUCUUUGUUGGCAAGUUAUUCUACAGGAGUUAUUUGCCAUUGUUUUCUUCUAGGCAGUGCCUUUACAAGACAGGUGACCCCAACCAUUAUCAAUACUCUUCAGAGAUUGACAGCCUGGUAUCAGGGCAUAACCAGGACUUGAACCAGAUGUUCAUCCGACCAUCCAUCACCUGCUGCCAUGGUUUCACGUGACCCUAUCAGGGGGUUACGCAGGUGUUACACCUUGCUGAAGGGUGACCCACAGGCUAGUGGAGGGAAGGAGCGCCUUAAACCUCCUUUGGUAGGGACGUAUCGCCACUUUGUCACCCUUCACCCAGUAUCUCACUGAAUUAUAACAGAGAUUGCAUAUUUCAUCUUUAAUCAAUAACAACUGAAAACCCAUUCCAGAAAACCUGCUCAUAGAAUUUGUUUGUUUAUCUUUACACUGAAUACUGGAUUGCCAACAUAAUUUAUCAAUCAACCCUGUAUUUUGCUUCAAGAAUAUGGCUUUCAAAAUGCAGAUAUUGUGUGCAGACUGCUGAUUGGUUCCUUUUGUUUGCGGACACAUAAAGGACAUGAAAUGGUACCACCCACAGGAGAGGAGAAAAGGCAGUUUCCUAAAAACCCUGGAACAAUGAAUGACUUUGAAUGCUGAAGUAUUAUCUGUUAUCAAUAGCAACUGGAAUGGGUAGUGUUUAUUGAUAUAAUAACAUAGAACAUUACAGCACAGUACAGGCCUGCAAUGUGUCACCAUGGUUCACCAACACAAUCUUAGAAUUUCCCCUUCAGUCCACGAUGUUGUGCCAACAUUUGAAUCUAUGCUUAGAUCAAUCUAACCCGUCCCUCCUACAAAACCUGCCACUUUUCUAUCCAAGACUUUCUUAAAUGUCCCUAAUGCAACUGUCUCUACCACCAUCCCUGGUGAGCACUCCAUACAGUCUCUGUGUAAAGAAAUUAACUCUAAUAUCCCCCCUAUAUUUUCCUCUGAUCAUCUUAAUGUUUCUACCCUGGGAAAAAAGUCUCUGGCUAUCCACUCUACCUAUGCUUUCGACCACCUUGUGCUCCUUAAGUUCCCAUAUUCACAGAUCCACAGCGGGGGAGGAGAGAGUGCUUGCAUCUCUGGCUCUCCUCCAGCCAGAGAUCUGAGCAGGUCCUCAGCCCAGCAUCAAAGACAGGAGACGGGAACAGAAGAGAUGAGAUUAGGAGUUAUCUUUAUUCAUCACACAUAAAUUGAAACAUACACAAUGAAAUGUGUCACUUGCAUCAGAUCAAAUCAGCGAGGGUUGUGCUGGGCAGCGAUGGGAAACAAGCGCUGAUCGGUGCUUACUGGCACUGUAUAACAUUACGCUAACCAAUAUGCUACCGUGCCACCCCAGAAGAUGCAUUCUCUGAGCCUGUAGCCUGGGCCUAGUGUUAGCUCUUUGAACACAACCUCAUUUUUCCAGGCCUUCCUUCCCCUCUCCAGUCUCUGCUUCAAUCUUCAGUAAAGAAUGACGAUUCUCACUGAAGCUACGACGGUGACUCCUUUACUGCAACAUACAAGAAGACAACAUGAAUCAUCCAUAGACAAUGAUCCAGUGUCAACCUGCCUCACUCACACAUACUUAUCAAUCCCCAAUAAGAGUCUGGGAAAAAUGAAUCACUUUCAGUAUCGUCGUGUAUUUAAUAUUUCAGUUAUAUUUGAGUAAUCUUGCAUAUGUAUAUUGGUUGAUCAAGCAGUCUUUUUUGUUUGAAUAAUUGAUUACAAGUUAUAUGUAAAAAUACAUUAAAUGCAUACGACAUCAUGUUACCACAUGAAAUGUGCGCACUUCGCUUAAACACGAGAUUACA